AUGGCUGCUAAGAGCAGCAUAGGUUCUAUAUCCAGGAAACCGAGCAAGAAUGCAGCUUCAGUUCUGCAGAUAUGUGUGUGUGGAGUGACAUGCUCAGUGAAUAGGGAACUUCUGGCUGAAAACUGUGCUAGAGUGGCUGCAGUGCUGAGAGAGAAUCCUCAGGAUAAUCUGUCACUUUUGCUGGGGGAGAUUCCUGGUGAUCCACAAACAUUUGAGGUGGUAGCGAGGUUCUGUCAUGGUCUUGAAAUCGAGCUGUCAACCGAGAAUGUUGUUCAUGUUUGCUGUCUCGCAUACUACCUCGGGAUGACUGAGGAUCACAGAACCAACAAUCUCCUCAAAAGGGCGCUCAUCUACUUCCAACAUAACGUCGUCCCAAGCUGGAACAAAUCCAUUAGAGCCCUCAAGACCACCGAGAAUGUUCUGCAACAGGCUAUUGAGAUUGGGCUGGUCGAUGCCUGUGCAGAGUCCCUCGUCGCUCAAGCACUCGAUGAUCCCCGCCUUCUUGGCGAACCGGUCAAGAUAGAUGGUUGUGAUGGAGAAGAAAAUGGGCUUAGGGCGAGUGCGAGGAGGAAGCUGUUCGAUAUUGAAUGGAAAUCCGAGGACUUGACAGUGCUAGCUAUUAGGCUUUAUGAACCCAUUAUUUCUGCAAUGAUUCACCGCCAAGUUCCACUGGAAUACGUGGCUGCAUCGCUCUGUCAGUACGUUAAAAACUGGAUUUCAGACAAUUCAACAAUGUACAAAAAGAACUCUGAGAGAGAAGUGAUUGAAGCGAUUCAGAGACUGUUACCUGAUGAGAAAGGGCUGAUUUCUUGCAGAUCACUGUUUGAAAUGCUGCAAUCUGCGAUAGCGUUGGGUGCUAGCGUCGAAUGCAGGGAUGGAUUGGAGCUCAGAAUUGGAAAACAGCUUGAUCAGGCAACGGUCCAGGACCUGUUAAAACUAUGUCAAUUAUACACGAAAGAUGAAAAAUACGACGCAGAAUGUCUGAAGAGAAUAUUGAAGAACUACUACUGCAAUUACACCAGUUCAGAUAUCUCCGGUUUGAUUGCAGUGGCAGAGCUCAUCGACGAGUUCCUGGCAGAGGCUUCUCGCGACACAGACAUGAACGCGAGCACAUUCGUGUCACUUGCAGAGCUAUCAGCCUCGGUUUCAACAGAAACCAAGGGAAGCUCUGAUGGUAUAUACAGAGCUGUCGAUAUCUACCUGGAUAAACACAGAUGCCUGACAGAAUCCGAGAGGGAGGAGGUCUGCAGCGUGCUCGACUGCAACAAGAUGUCCCCCGAGGCCUGUGAACACGCUGCACAGAAUCAGCGGCUGCCACUCAGACUCGUGGUGCAGGUUCUGUUCGUAGGACAGCUGAAACUGCGAGACACCAUUGCCAACGGGGCCCAGAGCUCUGAUCGGGGGCUGGUGAAGGGGGAGGAAGAACACGAAGAAGCAGCGUCGAGAGCGGGGAGGGUCGAAGAAGAGGUGAAGGAGGAGAUGCAGAAGAUGAGCAACAAGGUGUUGGAGCUCGAGAGGGAAUGCAGUGAGAUGAAGGAGAUUCAAAGAGGGUGCUGUAAUAAGACUGUUAAGGAGAAAGGUAGCAUGUGGAGGGAAAUGAAAAGGAAGCUGGGGUGCAUGACCACCAUGCAUGACUGUAAUUGCCAUGUGAAGAAGAAAAAAGUUCAAUCCAAGAAUGUAAAAUAA